UUCAGCGCCUGGCCCUGAGCUGCUCCUGUGACUUCUUCCGAGGCCUCUUCACUUGGCCCAUGCGGGAGGCCACUCACGACCCCGCUGCCCCGCUGGCCACGGGGCUGUCCCCCACUGAGCUGCGUCUCCUGCUCUCCUUCGCCUACACCGGGGCUGUGGCCUGGGGGCUGCUCACCCUCUGCUUGGAUGUUUUCACCCGUGGCCUGACCCCAGAGACCGGCCUGGACGUGCUGGGCUUUGCUGUGGCUUAUGGGCUGGCCCAGGUGAGACGUGUAGCAGAGGACUACAUCCUGGCCACCUUCCCCAGUGUGGUGGCCACACCGGCCUUCCUGGAUCUUCCCGCACACCUUCUCAUCCGCCUCCUCCGCUCUGACAGUCUCAAUGUCCUCAAUGAGCUGGAGGCGUUGGAAGCAGCAUCCCGGUGGCUUAUGGCCAAUGGAGAAGGCCAAGAGGAUCUCGCCAAGGAAGUCCUGUCAUCUGUUCGCUUUGCCCUCAUGUCCGGCCGGGAGCUGAAGAAGGUCCCGUCGGUGACUGCAGGGGUAGCUGACCCGAAGGUCCUCCGUGAGCUCGUGGUAGCAAGUCUGGCUCCCAUGGCCCAGCUGCCAUGCCGGGUGCGUUCCUUGCAAGAGGUGCUGGUGGUUUGCGGUGGAGACAAACUGACGGCCAACCUGGCGGCUCGGAAGCCCAGCAGACACCUCUGGUUUGCCCACCGCUACCUCAGUGGUGUGGGGCUGGUGAAGCAGGUGGAGUGGCGGGCACUGGGGCACUUUCCUGAUGGCCCACGCUUCCGCCACGCUGUAGCUGUGGUGGGCAACAACCUCUAUGUCCUGGGUGGAAAGCGCUACUACGGAGUCCGUGACACCCUGAACAGUGUCUACAGGUACCAGCCUAUGGAUGAUUCCUGGGAGCACCUGGCCAGCAUGACCUGUGGGCGGAGCAACUUUCCCGCUGUGGCACUUGGGGAUUUCAUCUAUGCCCUGGGGGGCACCUCGGGGGAGCUCUACUGCACAGACACUGUGGAGUGCUAUGACCUGGCCAACGACACCUGGAGGAGCUGCCAGCCUCUGCCGAUGGCUCUAUGCGGGCACGCAGCGUGUGCCCUGGAUGGUGCCCUCUACAUCUCCGGGGGCUGUGAUGCAGCGUGCCAGUGCCAGGCAGCCAUGCUGCGCUACGUCCCAGGUACGCCUGCCACAGUCCUGGCCCCUAUGAAUGGCCAACGAGCAGGGCACAUCAUGGAGGAGGCAGGUGGGCAGCUCUAUGUGGCCGGGGGGCUGUGCCAGCAGGACGGGCAGACUGGCUACAGGGACCAGCUGGCGUUUGAAGUCUACAGCCCCAAGAUGGACAUCUGGGUCCUCCUCAGCCCCCUGCCCCAUGCCCAUGUAGUUGGGGGGCCAGCCGUGCUGGGGGGUGAGCUGCUCGUACUGGGAGGGUACAGCCAUGAGACCUACCGGGACACCCACUUGAUCCACGCCUACCAGCCGGGCACCCGGCGCUGGAUCACCCGGGGCACCUUGCCUCAUGCCUAUACUGACCUCCAGGCUUGUGUCCUCACUGUACCCUCUGCCUUGCGUGGGCCCAAAUGCCUUGAGGGUCCGCCGAGGUCACCUGACACCUGCAAUAAUAUUUAG